CAACUAAGCAACCUCCACCCUCAAACCGGCGUCGUAUUAAGAAGCCUGUAUCACUUCACCCGCCACUUCUCCUUGCAUGGACUUUCUAAUCUCAUCGCCAACACCGUUUCCCUCGCUCCCAAGUCAUCUCCUUCACUAUUUCCUCAGACAGCAAUUCACCGUCGACGGGAAAAUUCACUCGACGACGGCUCCGCCGAAUCGCAACGGAUCUUAUUGAACUGAGCCACCGAUCUGCUCGCUGAGUUCAGCUGUUGAUUGCGGUUAACUAGAAUCUGAAGCUGAGAACGACGCCGUUUACUCUCCCGAUUCUUCGCUCUCUAAUGUGACCGGCUCUAGUCGAGGGGCAAACUCGUGAUUUCAUCGAAAUGCAUCGGCAGGCAAUGACGGUUGGGCCGGCCAUGGAUAUGCCGAUCAUGCACGACAGCGACCGGUACGAUUUCGUCCGAGAUAUCGGGUCCGGAAACUUCGGGGUCGCCAGGCUGAUGACCGACAGGCAGACCAGCGAGCUCGUCGCCGUCAAGUACAUCGAGCGCGGCGACAAGAUUGAUGAAAAUGUUCGAAGAGAGAUAAUAAAUCAUAGGUCUUUGAGGCACCCGAACAUCAUUAGAUUCAAGGAGGUCAUUCUGACUCCUACCCAUCUGGCCAUUGUGAUGGAAUAUGCUUCGGGAGGAGAAAUGUUUGAGCGAAUAUGCAAUGCAGGGCGGUUCAGUGAGGAUGAGGCCCGCUUCUUUUUUCAACAACUUAUAUCUGGAGUUAGUUAUUGCCAUGCUAUGCAAGUAUGUCACCGAGACUUGAAGUUGGAGAACACUUUGUUGGAUGGCAGUCCAGCUCCUCGUUUGAAAAUAUGUGAUUUUGGGUACUCAAAGUCUUCAGUGCUUCAUUCACAACCAAAAUCUACUGUGGGAACUCCUGCAUACAUUGCUCCAGAAGUAUUACUGAGGCAAGAAUAUGAUGGAAAGAUUGCAGAUGUAUGGUCAUGUGGGGUAACCUUAUAUGUGAUGCUGGUGGGAGCAUAUCCUUUCGAGGAUCCUGAUGAACCGAAAGAUUUCCGGAGGACCAUACAAAGGAUACUCAGCGUCCAGUAUUCCAUUCCAGAUACUGUUCAAAUAUCUCAUGAAUGUCUAGAGCUGAUAUCGAGAAUUUUUGUCCCAGAUCCUGCUGCGAGAAUUAGCAUUCCUGAGAUAAAGAGCCACUCGUGGUUCUUGAAGAAUCUCCCUGCUGAUUUGAUGGACGAGAGCAACCAGUUUGAAGAGCCAGAUCAACCAAUGCAAAGCCUUGACGCAAUCAUGCAUAUAAUUGAGGAGGCUACUAUACCAGCAGCCGGAACCCUUGGUCUGAGCUCUUACAUGACAGACAACCUUGACAUGGACGAUGAUAUGGACGACUUAGACUCAGAGUCUGAACUUGAUGUUGAUAGCAGCGGGGAAAUUGUGUACGCAAUUUAAUUGGAGUACGUGAUGUGGUACUUGUUAGUGGGUGAGAGUUUUUAGUGGUGGUGAAAAACUAGCAAAAAACAAAGGGAAUGUACAAUAGUGUGUGAUAGACUAUUAGCAUAGAAAACCAGAUAGGGGGAUUGAAGGCUCUAUAUUAUCUCAUAUAGUCUCGUUGGAGGUUAUAGUUAGAUUCAUAUAUUUUAUAAACGUAGUUGUAUAUUUUAACCGUGGAGUUGAACCUUUACACUAAGAGGUGGGCGAGUAGGUUAAGACUCACAAUGGACGAGCCAUAAUACUGUGGUUCAAAUUCGUCUUUAGCUAGAAUCGAAUCUAAGAUCUCUUACUUAUAAAUGAAGAUGAAUAUUAUUAGAUCGUAGUAGUAAAUGGCUGUAAUUAAAGCUUUAUUUAUUUAUAACUUUUAUCUA